AAUUGUGGCUACCACAGGUGCAGGGAGCAGUUCCUCUCUACUCACGGCCUGAAGCAUACCCAGCAGGGGCUGUCCCCAGACCCAACAAGCAAAGGACCCAGCAGCAAGGGCCACUGGAGCCCAUCUCCGGGGGGCUGGGCAGGAAGCAGGGAGGAGUUUGGUAUAGGGAGCUGGUACCCUGGGACUGCUGCAGCUCAAACUAACCCACCCACCGGGAGAAGAUGCCUGGGGGUCUCGGAGCCCUCCAAGCUCUGCCUGCCUCCAUCUUCCUCCUCUUCCUGCUGUCUGCUGCCUACCUGGGCCCUGGGUGCCAGGCCCUGUGGGUGCACGAGGGCCCAACAUCGUUGAUGGUGAGCCUGGGGGAAGAGGCCCACUUGCAGUGCCUUCACAAUGGCAGUAACACCAACGUCACCUGGUGGCGUGUCCUCCACGGCAACUACACAUGGCCCCCGGCAUUCGUGGGCCUGGGCAAGGGUGUCAAUGGUACGCUGACCAUCCAGAAGGUGAACAAGAGCCACGGAGGCAUGUACAUGUGCCGUGUCCAGGAGGGCAACAAGCCAUACAAGCAAUCCUGUGGCACCUACCUCCGCGUGCGCCACCGGCCCCCCAGGCCCUUCCUGGACAUGGGGGAGGGCACCAAGAACCGCAUCAUCACAGCCGAGGGGAUUAUCCUCCUGUUCUGCGCAGUGGUGCCUGGAACAUUGCUGCUGUUCAGGAAACGAUGGCACAAUGAGAAGCUCGGCUUGGAUGCUGGGGAUGAAUAUGAAGAUGAAAACCUUUAUGAAGGCCUGAACCUCGAUGACUGCUCCAUGUAUGAGGACAUCUCCCGGGGCCUCCAGGGCACCUACCAGGAUGUGGGCAGCCUCCACGUAGGAGAUGUCCAGCUGGAGAAGCCGUGACACCCCCUCCCCUGCCAGGCUGCCGCCACCUGCAGUGCGUCCAGCUCCAGGGUUUCUCCUCACUUCCCUGGGACAUUCUUCAGCCCUCCUGGGGGAUUCCUUAGUCAUCUUCCCCCGGUUGGGGGUGGGGAGGUAACCUCACUCUUCUCCAGGCCAGGCCCCCUUGGACACCCCCCGGGGGUGUCCCACUCUUCUUCCCUCUAGACUACCCCACCCCCCGCCCCCUAACCCAAUCCUCCCCCUGCUGCCUUUCCCAGGCUCCCACCAACCCCAGCGGGUAAUGAGCCCUUAAUCACUGCCUCUAGGGGAGCUGAUUGUAGCAGCCUCGUUAGUGUCACCCCCUCCUCCCAGAUCUGUCAGGGCCACUUAGUGAUAAUAAAUUCUUCCCAAUAGCA